GGCGAGUGUAGGCACCGUAUCCGGGCGGUGUCACGACCGUAUCACGACCGGUAAACCGAAUGGUACUUUCCGAUUAGGUGGGUAGGCUACGUACGCGACGCUCUCGCCACAGUCCACACAGAGUACUUCUGUUGCAGGCUCGCAGCGGCAGUCCAUCCGCAGACGGUGCAGUCCUAUAACGGUCGUUCGCAAUGGGGAAAUUGUCGUUUCGGAAGUCUCGUGCGUGCGAAAAAGAGUAAGUGCAGCUUCACGCAACACGAACAAUACCGUUUAAAUGUCGAAAACGAUUUUUGUUAAAUCUAUUUUUUUAUUUUUAUCAUUACAUCACUCGGUUUUUGUUUUUUGUUGUUUUUUAUCCGUUCGCGUCGGUUACCAUACCGUGGUGAACGUCGUUAUCCGACAGUAUCCGAAUGUUCAAAUCGAACAUAUUUCAACACUAAUAGUUUAACAAUACAUUCAAUUAUUUAUUUUUCACUAUAGUAAAAUUCAGCGAACUUCGCGUUCACUAACCUGACCUACGCGGGAGUGCUUAGGUACAGUCGUGAUAUUGUGCACGGGGGAUUUUGAAUGUAUACAUUUUGUUUCAUUUUUUUCACCCGUCACGGAAUCGUUUGAGCUUUAUUUCAUCGAUGGUUUCUCAUUUUCUCAAUUCUACUCCUCGUACAUCCAAUGAGUAUUUUGGAGUAAAGAAAAUUACUUGGAUCAAUUAAUGUUGAUCGUGAUUUGUGCGGUAUAAUGACUAAUGGAUUGUGUUAUUGUUUUAAACGGAUCAUAUUGUAUUUUUUACUGUUGGUCGAUUGGAAUUUUCAAAUAUUUCUAAACGAAAAAUUAUUUCGCGUAAAAUAUCAAAUAUUUGUACAAAAAUCAGUAAACGUCAAUAUAACUACGAUUGAUAUGUUUCAUAAUUUAGUACGAUAUUAAGAUUAAUGUUACUUAAUAAUACGAUUGGGGUGACUCGAUAUUGAUUAUCGUAUACAUUUUUGACAUCCUUGCAAAAAAAAUUUUAAAAAAACAUCUAUUUUAGUCUUUGUUUACUAUUCGUAAACGGCGUGUCGUUCGAGUCUGGUAUCGGUUUGUUAUAAUUACGGGUUCGACCUACAAUUCAGUAUGCAAUUGAUGUGUGUAAGAAUCAUGGAAACAGGUUUUUAGAUACCAGACUGUUUUGUCUGGUACAUAACAGACGCAAUACGGCAGUAUUUUAACAAAUUUAAUUUACUAUCUACGCGAUUUUCUGCCUGUUGUUUAAUAUAAUAAUACGAAGCUAUUGAUAUUUUUAAUUAUUUACGAAAAACAUAAACUCUACGACAUUAUUGAGCGAAUUCAAUAAAACAAAUUUAAAUGAAUAUAAGUAGUUCAAAAAUGGAUCAAAUGUUUUCAAAAUAUUACCAGGUCUAGAAAAAACAAAUAUAAGUUUUUUCUGUCAACAUUUCAAGUCUCUAAGAUUAUUUUUAACUGAAUUAUAUUAAAACAAAACAAAAUUUAAAAUAAUAAAAUAAUUGUUUUCGUAAAUUUUUCCUUUUUGAUAAAUGCUCAAUAAUUAAUAAAAUGACAGAGAAAACUAAAACACAGAUUACUUAGUCAUAAACUAGAUUAAAAAUGCAACAAAAAAAGUCACUUUUCGUUUUUCUAUGAGAGAAAUAUUUAUGGUAGAAAACAUAAGCCGUACAAAUUUAAUAUAAUAAAAUCAUUGCGCAAUAAUUUGAAAAAAUCGUAUUUUUCAUCUUUUAUGGGUUUUCAAAACUAUUAUGGAAACACUUUAGAUAUAAAAAACCGACAUUCUUUGUCUGUGGGUAUAUAUUAAAAGAAACGUCAUCAAACUCUUGUCAUUUUUUAAUUAGAAUAAGAUUUCUGGUACUCGUAGAAAACAUCGUUUGUAAAAUUUAAAAUAAUUAAAUAAAGACGUCCAUAUUUCCGUAAAUAUUAAUGCAUUUUCAUUUUUUGGUUUUUCUUAAUUAUUAUGAAAUCUACUUAGGAUAUAUAAAAAAAAAAAAAUAACUUUCCAUAUCGACUAUAUGUUAAAAGGAAUAAAAUUUAUCUCUUGUUAUUUUUCAUUUUUUUAUUGGAGCAAUAUUUCUGGACCAGAAAUACUGGUAAAAAACACAAGUAGCAAAAUUUUAAAAUAAUGAAAUUGAUAACGUCAUGUUGCGCAAUUACUUCGAAAACUACAUAGAAAAUCAAAAAAUUACCUUUCAGAAAGUGUGCCACAUUUCAUACGUCAGAGCAAGAUUUCUAGUAGGAAAGUUGUUAAAAAACACAAAAAUAAAAAUAAAAACCAAUAGAUCCCUCGAUACGCUACAAAGAAUAAAAAAAAAUCACACAUCAUAGUAAAACCGAAUCUAAAAGACCCGAUAUUAUGGAUGUAUAUGCUACUGUUGAAGGUGUGUAGUCACGAAUGUAGGAUACAUAAAGUUAUUUAAUUUAUAUCUAUGAACGUAACGAAAAAUCAUGAAACGAAAAACGAUUUAGCGUGAUGUUACGCGCGUUUUUAAAUGCCGUAAUUUUUACGAUGUUCAUCAAAAUUGAAUCUUAAAAUGCUUUUAAAAAAACUAUACUUCAUUACGCCCAACUUUUUUUUAUUAUCCAUCUAAUAUAAUAACAUAAUAAUGUUAGCAUCGAAACAAUUAAGUAAAAUAAUAACAUGUGUAUACAAUUAAUAUAUUAUAAUAACAUAAUAUGGUAAUUUCAAAUUUUUAAUUUUUUCAGUCCCUUGCUCGGCCCAAGUUUUGAAUCCAAACCGAAAUGGUACCGGUCGCGGACCGUGUGGCUCCUAUUGCUGUUCGUAGCAUUUUUUGUAGGCAUCGCAGUGUUUAAAUUACACGAAUUAUUGAACAAGUCAAUAGAGGUAAAUACGAUGUCAAAUAUUAUUCUAAUAGGUAAUAAUCUACCUUCAAUUGUAAUCAAAUAUUGAUUUUAUUUUAGAAUAAACUCCAGGCUACUAGACUGAUGAGUAUAGCGACCGUCAACGAAGAAUACUUACAAAAAUGUGCGCCGCAAGUGACGUGCGAUCCUAACAGUAAAUAUAGAACAAUUAACGGGUCGUGUAACAAUGUUCAAAAUCCCACUUGGGGAGCGUCAAUGACCCCAUUUUACAGAUACAUGGAUCCUGUGUUUAGUGAUGGUAAUUGUUGUUUUAAGCGUUUAAAAUGUUUGUAUUGUAAAUUAUUACGAAAUCGACACUCAUAACCACGGAAAGGCGGAUUGUCUAAGUGUCUCAAAAUUUUAAAUAAUCUCCCCAAAAUUGGUGUGCUGAUAAUUUUUUUAUACUUGUUCAUAUUAAUAUGAUUAUAGGUAUAUCGAAGUUUCGUGUUCAAUCGGACGGAAGCCCAUUGCCAAAUGCUCGAACUCUCACGUUGACGCUGUUCCAAAACACGAGCAGAGUUUGCGAUCAUAAAAACAAUGAACUUUUGGUACCUUGGGGCCAGUUUAUAACUCAUGACGUGGCUUUUUCACCGGUCAACAGUGUUAACUCAUCAUUCCCAGGUAUGUACAAUAAUCAACGCACUAAUAAUGUUUACUUGAAAACGUUCAAUUUCCGUAUUUCAAAUUCUGAGCGAAGCUAGUAACACAUACCUGUUUUGAUUUUACUAUGACGAUAAUACCCCUUUUUUUUCUGACAGUGAACAAUUUUUUGACCAGAAACCGAAAAGAAUUGAAAAUAAUAUUAAUGUGGUUUCGAGAAUUUGUUUUUAAAAUCAUAGAUUGUUAUUUCGGUUUCGUUGAUGUCGAUUUUCUGAUACAUGUUGACGGUUAAUUUACAAAUCGUAAUUUUUAAUUUAGUCAAUUCGCUCAAUUCUUACUUCACCAUUGUUCUUAAAUCGUCAAUAUACAUAUGUUAAAAAAAAAAAAAUUGAAAUUUAGAUUUGUUCCGCAUAAUUUUUUACUCAACGAUUUUCGCCAAUAUUUGAUAUUAAAAUUCCUUUGUAAAAAAAAAAAUAAUACUCAAAUUUUAAAUUUUUUUGACCACAAAGUAAGACUCUUAAUGAACCUCCUGUUAAAUUUUCAAGCAUUUUUGUUAAAUCUAACAAUUUUACUAUUGUGCCUACUGAAUGAAAAUUACGUACAAAACUCGCAAAAUUUAAAUGUCUAUAAAAACCUCAAAAAUGGCUUAUAUUUUUUGAAAAUUUUACCACGUCUAUAAAAGGGAAAUUCUUUAGCCCCCAAAAUGAAUUGUUGCGCACUAGCCUCAUAAUGCCUAAUUGCGGCACUGCUCUCUAGACGUUACCUAUAAUUGCUAUUCGCCUAGUGGCUAUUAAUUUCGCGAUAAUUCGCCUAGUUAAAAUGACAAAUAUAUUUCCUCCUAAAAAUAAUGUUUUACGUAGUACGUUUGAUAAUAUUUGUUCAAGUACCUACAGAUUGUCUGGUGAAUGGUGGUAAUGUGAUAUGUCGUGUACAACCGCGGCGAUCAUUCGCGUCUUGGAAAAUAGAUGAUGUUUGACAAUUAUUUAUUAUAUUCGUAGUUGUAAUAAUAUGAGUUAGUAAUGAUUAUAAAUCGUCGUCCAAAUUGCGGUUAGACCAAUUAUAACGACAGACGGUAAUGUUGAUAAUUGAUUGUAUUUUAUAUUUAUUGUUCAUUGUUACAAAUAAAUAUGAACAAUUUUGGCCUCUUCCCCCCCCCAAAAAAAAAAAAAAAAUCCGAUAUCCACCACUGUUUAAUACGGUGAUGUUUUUUUUUUUAAUAUUUUCAUCCACGAUACUGGUAUCAACAUUUUUUUCAAAUAUAUAUUUUUGUUCAAUAAUAUAUACAGAUCGUCAGAGGCGUAGCUAGAGUGUUUACGGGGAACAAUGAAGAAUUGGGCAUAGCUCCAUGCCCACCUCUUCGUUGACAGUAUUUUUAAUAUUUAUAUAAUGUAAACAUCAUGAUCGUUUCAUGUUUUUCGCAUAAUAGCUACCGCUUACUUAACCAGCAGGUGUGUGUUUAAAUGCAACCAAUGAAAUUAACUUCAACAGAUAAAUAAUUUGAGUUUGUUUUUGGCAUAAUUAUGAUAUCCUAGUUACACCACUGGCUAUCAUUAUUCAUUUAUAUUUACUUGCGUUUUACGUUUAUAAUAUUAUGUAAUACUUAUUAUUAAUUUUACAUUAUUAACGAUGGCCCAAUUAAAAUUAUUUUAAUAUUAUUUUAAAAAUUAUACGUAGUUGUCAAUUAAAUUUGUUAAACACUUUUACAGAUAGUCUAAACCAUUGUUUGGACGUAAAUCCGCCGGCCGAUUGUGAGGCCAUUAUCAAAUUGUUUCCAGACGAUCCGACUUACAAAAAUUAUAACAUGACCAUUUUGAAAUUCAUGCGGCUCGUCACUUCGGCGAAUUAUAGUUGUCCUUUGGCUCCAGUUACCGUCGUCAGUUUUUUUUUUUUUUAUUUAAUUUAAAUUGGCCGUAUUAUCUUAAAACGAUUAUUAUAUAAAAAUAAUUCCAAUUUUCUCGCAGCUCGAUCAAAACACGCAUUUUAUUGAUGCAUCAAACGUAUACGGAUCCAACGACAAAUUGGCAAACGAGUUGCGUAUGUACAACGGAGGAAAAUUGAAAUCUAACAAAAUAAAAAACGAGGAGUAUUGUCCGCAAGAUCCGAGUAAACUACCUAAAAACGGAAAUGCUGGAGUUAUUGCAUUCGUCGCAGGUAAAUCGAUAAGUAUAUAACAGAUUAAUAAGUCAUAAGUGACAGUAAUGACUUGAAUCUCAUUGUCCUCAUUGUAUUAUUAUAGUAAAGUUAUUUUCAUCAACUGAUUGUAUUCGUAUUUUAAAUUAUUUAUUUUAUUUUUUUUUAUCCCGAUAUGUUAUUAAUUUUAGAUUCUGAGUGGAGUGAGGAAUAUAUUGGUUUUAAAUGAUGUUUAUUUUCUUUUUCUGUGAACAAAUUUAUUACCAUCAAUUUGGCUCCGAUUUACAAUGAUAACAAUUUUUAUGAAAAAAACUGGGGUGGGAUUUUAAGUUGCUCAUUUUUUAGUUUUCUCAAAAAAUGGAGAAAACCAGAAAAACAUGGAAAACCCGGGAAAAUAUGUGCAAUAUUAAACAAAUAUUAUUAAAGAAAAUGUUUAAUACAUAUAUAAUUAUUUUACCGUAAUAUAACAUAUAUAUUGUUGACAAAGUAACACUAUCAACCGAACUCCGCUCAGAAUCAUUUUUUCAUUAUCAAUAGCUAAUCCUUGUAUAUACAGAUAUAUAUUAAAUUCCCGUCUAUAUCAUAUUUUUCCCACCUAUAAUAGUGGCUGCACCCAUCUCCAUUAUCCUAGGACAGCUUUUUGGUUUAUUAUUUUAUUUUGUUAUGAUUCAGUUAAAAAUAUUUGCAAAAAAUUGAAGUUUAGAAAGAAAACUUAUAUUUGCUAUUUGUACACGUGGUAAAACAUUCAAAACAUUCUAGCCAUUUUUGAGCUAUUUAUAGACAUACUAUUUUUACGGAGUUUUUUACGUAAUUUGUGUUCGGUAGGUACUUACAGAUAUUUACAAAUUAAUAAAAAAUUUUAUUUAAAAAUAUUAAAACACGUUUUACCAAAUUUCGCUCAGAAUUAUCUUUCGUUUUGCAAUGAUUUAUCUUUGCGUAAAGAAUAUAAACAAAGUUCCACACCCUGUAAACCCAACGUUAUAUAUAAAUUAUAUCGAAAUUAAUUUGUCCCGCCGCGUUUUUUUUCCUGGGUAUCUCAAAACUUAUUAGAUACUUAAUUGAAUUGAUUAAUACCUACAAAAAUAUAAAUUAUUAAAUAUGUCUUGUUGGUUUACACAGGCGACGUAAAUGUUAACCAGAAUGUGGCUGUUGGAUUAUUUCAAAAUAUGUAUUUGAGAUUUCAUAAUUAUAUCGCUAAGAAACUGCAAGAACUUCAUCCCACGUGGGCCGAUGAAACGGUUUAUCAAGAAACGCGUAGAAUUGUCGGAGCUACUGUUCAGAUUAUUACCUACGAACAGUUUUUGCCAAUAGUUUUGGGUAAGCUACAAACAAAAAUAUUUAGGCGAUUACCAUUUUUUUUUUCAAAUUCGUAUUUUAAAUUCCGCAAAUGUUUGUUAGGCGAACAAUAUAUGCAAGACUAUGGAUUGACCAAUCCAACAAAUUAUGACCCUACGCUUAUUGUUUCCGUGGCACAAGAGUUUACUAGCGGUGCAUUUCGUUUACUCCAUAACAUAGUUCCUGCGCAAUUAAAGUAUGUAUAUACAAUCGAAUUUAUUAUUAAUAGUGAAUAAUAUUUAAAGUGCCCUAUGAGAUUUACUGUGAAAGUUAUAAUUUAUAUGCGUUUUUCUUAAUGAAAAAGUAGACAUGAUCAGUGGCACAACCAGGUGGGAUAAGGUUUAUAAUACCAAACAAUUUAAGACAAACAAACUUAGAAAUUUUUUUGAAAUUCAUGGAAUUAAUCUUUUUUUUGUCGUGCCACUGAAUAUAAGUUAGGUGGUUAGGUGUAGGUAAUAAAUCGAUUUUAGAUAUUAAAAUCUGAUUUUAUCUUAGCGAACAUCACACAUUUAAAAUAACCUUUACAAUUUUGAAAUCUGAAACUUAACCGAACCUAAACAUUAAAAAACAUACUUUCUCUCUGAAGAUGUCAUAUUAACUUGUCUGAUGUUAUGUAGGUAAGUAUAGAACGUAUCAUUCAAAUCGGUUAUUUUUUACUUCUAUGAUACACACCAAAAAGAAAGGUUGUUUUCCAUCUAUUUCAGGGUGCUUAAUAAUAUAAUUUGAUAGGUUUAUUGUACAUUACAUUUUAUUAUGGCUGUGUAGGUUGAUCGUGAUUAAAUGUAUGUAUUUAAGUAUUAAUGUGUUAAAAGUAUUUGGAUACUAAAUGGUAUUUAAAUAAUUUUAAAGUAUUUAUUUUUAAAAUAAAUAUUCGUUGAAUAUUUUUACUUUCGGAAUAUAUAUUAUAAAUUUAUACGCCGGUAUUGACGAAACUUUGAGCAACCAAUUAUGACGUAGGUACUCGUAGGAUCAAUGUUUAAUAAACGAAUAACUAAUUCGCAAACUAUACGAGCAUAAUAAUACACACGGUACACGAAAAAUGAAAAAAAUAUACAAUCGAAUAUUAUUAUGCCACGUUUACAUCAAGCUGACAAAACAGCAACUUUCUGUCUCGCAACAAAUCGGCGACAAAAUUGAGACAUUUCCGCGACAAAAGUGAUUCUGGCGACACAAUGUUCGUGUUUCUGAAGACAUUUUUGUGUCCGCUCAAAAGCCAUAAAUAUCAAAGGGUUUCUGUAUUUGGCAACAUAAGUCUAUUUGGUAUAAACGGGUGUUGCGACAUCCAACAAAUAGUAAUUGUUUAUACAAUUUUUUCCCAAAAAUUUUGAAUUUAAAAAUAUCAUUUUGUGUAUAAAAUAUAAUAAUAAUAAUAAUAAUAUACUAUAAGUUUUAAGUACCCACGAAUUUUGAAAAUUUUACCAUGUAUGGUAAAUAGUCAUAUACGAAUUUAGUAAAAAUUUAAGGUAUCUAUGGUUAUUAUUUUUUGAGUUUUUUUUUUUGGUUUUUUCUGACGCUUUUGAAAAUUAUAUUAAAUUUUGACUUUUGAAGAAAAACUAAUAUUUUUAUUAUUUUCAAUUUUGUUUUUAAUAUAAUUUAGUUUAAAAUAUUUAUAGAGACUUCAAAUUUUGACAGAAAACUUAUAUUUACUUUUUCUAGGCGUUUUAAAAUAUUCAAAUAUUUGAGCCAUUUUUGAACUAUAACUAUACAUUUAUACUUUGCGAGGUUUUUACGUAAUUUUGUUGGUACUCUAGCUGUGAAUAAAAUUGUUAAACUAAACAGAAAUGCUUGAAAAUUUGAUAGGAGGUUUAUUUAUAAAUCGUACUUUGUACGCCAUAAAUAAACGUUCUACUUAUAAGUACUCAAAGGGGAUAUCACAGCCACCCAACUCCAUAAAAAUGAUUAUUGUUUUUCAAUACUGUGUACGGGCAAAGCGACAAAUAAAAUCGAGUACAAAUACUCUGUUGUUUAGCCUUGAAAACGUAACAGAAUUACUUUCAUAAUAAAGAUUAUAAUCAUUUAACGUUUUCUAACUUUACAGUUUCGUGUCCAGUAAUUAUACCAUAUACGAAGUAGAAGAGCCUUCGAAAUUAUUCUUGAGACCCGAUUCUCUGAUAGGUAACGUUGACGGGUUACUUAGGGGCUUAAUGGAAACUCCCGGACGCGAAUCGCAAUCUUCUUAUAAUGAUCUAGUACGACAUACUUAUAGUCUUUUAUCUACAGUUAUUUAUUAAUUUUCGAUUUGGUAUGCUAAAUCUGUUUGUUUCUGUUUUAAGAUAACCAACAUCGUUAUUCAACUACCAUCAGAUAGUAAAACAACUAACGUUACCGGAUUCGAUCUGCUUUCGUACGACAUACAACGUGGCCGUGAUGUCGGGCUGCCACCAUACAAUAAAAUGAGAAAAUUGUGUGGACUGUCGGAAGCCGAAUCAUUUGACGAUUUAUCGAAUCAUAUACCGUCGGAAGUUAGUAUAAUUGCAUAGUUGUACGCGGAAUAUUGGUAUAAGAACGCUAUACAUCCACAUAUGUUAAUUUUAUCUAAGCUCCUCGUCGAUUACGUCGACGUGGUUCGAUUACUAUGUUAUUUAAACAAUUAAUUUGAUUUCUGUGUAGAAAAUCGAUUUGUUGAAAACAUUUUACUCCACGGUAGACGACGUUGAUUAUUACGUAGGGAUUCUAUUGGAAAACAAACAUAAUGGAUCUAUGGUCGGUCCGACUGGUAGUUGUGUAAUCGCCGAUAGUUUUUAUCGGUUUAGAAACGGCGACCGUUUCUUUUACGACGUCCAAAAUCAACCAGGCAGUUUUACAACAGGUUAGUAAUUUUUUAUUUCAAUCCUUGGAUUGGUUAAUCAAUUGACGUUUCUCUCCAUCUUUUCUUAUCGCUUAUAGUUCUUUUAAACUCAUCAUAUAUAUUUAUUCCAAUACUUUCAAUCAUUUGCUUCAUGAACAACGUCCUUCCCUUAAGUAUUAAUCCUUAGAUAACGUCCAAUAUGUGUAUUUAACUUAUUUCUUCAUUUCAAUUAUCUCCCUUUAUUUGUUUAUUAUUCCCCGAAACCACGCUUUAAUUUUGGCGUUCUUAGUCAUAAGAACUAUCCACGUAUCAGCUCCGUAUAUAGUGCAACGCUCUAAGCAGUCGUUUUGAUAAGGUAUAAUUUAUAUCUGUAACCAACGAUACACUAUUGUUAAUGAAAAACAAAUCGGAGCAAAGUUCGGUUGUAUAUUUUUUAAAAGGCCACAAUAUUUACGAUAAUUGUCAAAAUUUGAUUUUAAAACUAAAAUAAAAAAAAAAAAAUAUUAAAAAAAAACCUUCUACGUUGCAUUCAAUUCUUUUGUUACUAAUUACGACUUAUAAUAAACCUUUUAUCAAAUUUUCAAACAUUUCUGUUUAAUCUAACAAUUUUAUCCAUAGAGUACCUUCCAAAUAAAAAUUACGUAUAAAACUUCUAAAAUUAAAAUGUAAAAUAUGUGUACAGAUCAAAAAUAACUUAAAUAUUUUAAAAAUUUUACCACGUCUUGAAAAAAGAAAUAUAAGGUUUCUAUCAUUGAAUUACAUUUAAAAAAAAAAAAACUAAAUUUAAAAGAAAUAUUUUCAUACAUAUUUUCGUUUUUUCUACGUAUUUUUCUGUUUUGCUCAACGAUUUAAAAAACUAUAAAGGAAAUCAAAAAACGACUUUCUUACUCACGAACUAGAUUAAAAAUUUAUCUAAAAGGUCACUUGUCGUUUUUCUAUAUAAGAGCAAUAUAUAUGGUAGAAAAUAUAAGUAGUAAAUAUUUUAAAUAAUGAAAUUGUUGCGCCAUAAUUUAAAAAAAAUCAUUUUUUUUGGCUUUUCCAAAUUAUUAUGAAAACUACUUUAAAUAUGAAAAAUGAACUGCACUUGAGUGUGGCUAGAUAUUAAAUUAAACAAAAUCAAUUUCUUGUCAUUUUUUUAAUUGGAGCAAAAUUUCUGGUAGAAAACAUCGUUUGAAAAAAUUAAAAUCAAUGAAAUCUGUAGCAUCAAGGCGCAUCGUAAAUAUUUGCGUUUUACCCAUAAUUUUUUUUCCAGUUUUCUCCGAUUAUUUUAAAAACCCCUUGAACAAUCAAAAAAUCAUCUCCCUAUGCAUCAAUAGUAUAAAUUUAUCUUUUAGAAAAGAUGUUACUCUUAAUAGUUCGAAGCAAGAUUUCUAGUAGGGAAGUUGCUCACAGACAAAAAAAACGAUCUAUACGCUCUGAAUCGAAAAGAACUGUGCUAAUGAUUCGUAUAUAUAAUCGUAAUACUUAAUACAUGUUAUUUAAUACAACAUUUUACAAGACUUUAAAUAAAAAAUUACAUUUUUUUAUAUUUUUUUUAAAAUUUUACAUUUGCUUACAAUUUAAAUAUUCACAGUGAAAAAUCCAACCAUUGCCAAUAUAUCUACAACUUCAUUAACCAUAACUAGCACACAUCUGUGUGUAUAUUGAGGAGAGCUAAUCCCUUUAAUCUGUUUUCCUAAAGUAUGGUUUAAAACUUUGAAAUUAUUGUUUAUAAAUAAUAUAAAAUAAAUUCAAAUUAAAAUUUGUUCUUUUUAAACAUUUAUAUUGUCCAAGAAGUGGGUCCUGACCCAGUACCCACUCCCUUUGUGGGAGUGGGAGUACUACCCACUGGGUGAAAUUAUUAACCUUUUCAGUCUGAUAUUAGUUUGUCAAAUAUUAAUCAAGUAUUAUAAUUCUAAUUUCAGACCAAAUCAACGCGUUAAGGAACAUAACGUUAAGUCAUAUAAUUUGCGUUACGUCGCAUUUAGAACACGUUCAAACGGAUACUUUUAGCUUAGUCGAUCAUAUGUAAGUACAUAAUUAGUUACAACUGUUUCGUUGUAUGUUUUAAUAAUUAUAUAUUCUUUUCUAAAUUCCAAUAUUGUGUGUUUUCUAGACGAUUGAUGAAACUUAAACCUAGCUGUGAUACUUACAAAAUCGACUUAGCCGCAUGGUGAACGAUUCCAACAACAUAAAUUAUAAUUAUUAAAUCAUACAUAUUUAUUAUUUAACAUUUUAAGUGCUUAUUUAUAUUUACGGUUUUGUAUAUUAUUUUUACGAUAUUAUAAUACAUAAGUUUGUGCUUCGACAGUAUGUUUAUAAAAUACGUGACAUAAGUAUUUGAUAAAAAAAAUUGUUGUUCCAUAAAAUAAAAACUGAGUUAUAAUAUUGCAUUUUAUAGAACGCAUGAACCGUAGGUACACAUUUUAUUGUAUUUUUUUUUUAUGAAAUGUACCAUAUUAUAAUAUGUUUUAUUAAACUAAAUGUACCCGCAUGGCUUUGUCCGUGCCAUAUUAAAUGUAUAUAAUUGUGAUCUCCUACCCAGCUACCCUCCGCCCUUUCAUCAUAUUAUGUCAUACAUUGAAGCUUUCAAUUUAAUUAUAAUUUAAUUAAAAGUUUAUGUUAUCAUGUCUAUUGUUUACAGUCUCUAUCAAUGACUAGAAAAUCCGACUCUAGGAAAGGAG